GAAAAAUACAAUAAAAAAAACAAUAAUUUUGCGACACGCGGGAUCAUAGGACGGAUUGUUUUUAAAUAUGUUUAAUGUAACUCGCAGAUGUACAAAACAAUGCUGAGCUUACAAUAAACAUCCAGUGUUCGUGUACAUAAUAGUCUCGAUCUUUAUCACUAAACAUCAUGGAAAUGGAUAUCUGUUUCGACUCUGACAGUGACGACGAGCGAGGUUUGCGUGAAUUAGAAGAGUUAAACGCUAAGAUUGAAGCUGAAAAGAAUCAAGCUCAGUAUACUAGUUCUGAUCCUGUUGCACACUGUUCAAUGUCCACCCCCCGCACAAAGGAAAUGGAAAUUAGCUUUAACUCCGUCAACAGCGACAUUUUACAACAAUUGAACAUACACCCAACGGCAUACUUCACCUCGUCUGCCCCAAACACAAGCGAAAUGGAUGUUAGUUAUGACUCCGAUAGUGAUGACGACAGCGAUUUGCGUAAAUUAGAAGAGUUAAACGCCAAAAUUGAAGCCGAAAGGAAACAUACUGAGUGUUUAAGUGUAAAUCCCAUUGCACACAGUUCCGCUUCUGCCCCAGGCACAAGUAUGAAGCAAGAAUUCGCUAAUAUAAAUGAAGCAAUUGCGUGUAAUAAACUCGUUACAGAAAAAUUAAAUCGCCUUGAAACACAACUCAUGGAAAAGCUCCGUGAAUGCCGUCAAAGGCUACAGGAAUUAAAAAAUCCACCACCAUUAGCCGAAAAACAUGAUAAAGGGUUUCGAUAUGUCAACUGUGGAAAGCCUCACUUCAGAGACAAGGACAACUUCCCAGCCCCAGAUAAUGAAGAUACUAUUCUGAUGCGUGCAUCUGGCAUGUAUGACUACUCAAGUAUUACAACUGUACCUGGCUGGACUGUGAAAGAUAAAAGCAACUUUUUCCAAGAGAUAUUAAAGAUGUCGAGGAAUCUUAGGAAAAAUGAACUCAACUCCCGAAUUGCUCAGUUGCAGAGAGAAUACAAAGGCAAAAAGAAAAGUACAAGUUACCAAAAAGAAAUGGCUUUUUUAACCAAAGAGAUUGAAAGAGUAAAUAAGAAGCCUAUGAAAGAUGUAGCAUUGCCAAUUGAUCAGGAUUAUGACUGGGAUGCUGUAGCCAACACACUCAACCGGAGGCACAGUGCUCAAGAAUACAGAGCUUUCUGGAAAUUAUUUUUGCAUCCAUCUAUCAAUAAAUCUUGUUGGACAACCCCAGAGCAUGUGGCGCUGCAAAGAAUUGCACAUGCCCAUAAUUUUCAAGAUUGGGAUACAAUUGCAGCAGAACUAAACACUGGCAGAAGUGGUUAUCAAUGUUUUGUGUACUUUCGUUCCAAUGUGAGCAACUCCAUAACUGGUCAGAAGUGGUCCAAGGAUGAGGAAUUGUAUCUGCAAAGAUUAAUUCAUUUCUAUAGAGAAAAUGAUUAUAUUCCAUGGGGGAAAAUAGCAGCAUCCAUGGAGGGCAGAACCAAAGUUCAAGUUUACAAUAAAUAUUUGAGACUCUCUGAGUCAAGGAAAGGCAGAUUUUUGCCGGAAGAAGAUGCUGUGAUUUUAACAUGCACUAAAAAACUUGGUUCAAACUUUAGAGCAAUGACAAAAUACUUGCCAGGUCGGUCAGCCACACAGAUUAGAACGAGAUACCAAGUCUUGGAAAGUAAAAAGAACAAUACAUCUGUUGUAUGGACUGUGGAAGAAGAUAAAAAGCUUAUUCAAAUAAUGGCUAACCAGGAUUCUUCAACAAAUUAUUCCAGUAUAAUGGAACACUUUCCUGGUAAAGAUAGAGUGCACAUACGAGCCAGAUAUGUCACUUUGGUAAAAUGGAUGAGGAAACAUCCUAACAGAGAUAUUUCUCAGGCACCUAGAAGAGGAGCACGACGUCUCGGUCAUGGUCGUGCUGAAAACAACAUAAAUGAAGCCCUUCAAAACCUGAAAAGUAGGAUUCAGACUGAAGUAGAAAAAACAAAAUCUAAGAGAGUAUGCAAAAAUUCAUCAGAAAGUGACAUUGAAGCAGGUAUAAUAGCAUUUCUUAUAAAUGAAAAGAAUAGUGAAGAUGAGCAAAGGAGAGCAGAUUUGUGUGAUGGUGAAAAAUUAGCACUAAAUGAGAAUUCUGAUAUUCCAUCCACAUCACCUAAUUCAGUUGACAUGUAUAAGCUAUUGGUUUUGCUGAAAGCAAAGCUAAAUAAGAGUAAGUUCCAAAAGAGCAGUCUUUCUGAGCAAUAUCCUGAUUUGUUGCUAGAUCAACAAGAUUGUCUAGUUAAAGUAAAGUCAUAUUCCAAAAAGGCCACUAUUAAAACAGUAGUGCUUGAUGAUAAACCUGAUAUUUGGGGUGAGAGGCCUUUAAAAAAAAUCACUCAUGUAUUCCCACCAAAUUAUGCAACAAUAACAGGAUGUAGAAAGUUAAUGGCUUUAGCGCUGUUGAAACCUGAGAAGCGUGCAUUGCACUUCAACAUACUGGCUCGUAGAAAUGUUUUAUUCAAAGAACAAAUGGAGCUAUUGAUUGAGAGGUUUAACACACUUUUUGUUUGGCCUUUGCUGCUAUCAAAUCAAUCUCUGGACGAAGUUAAGCGCGGUAUUCCUACAGCAUCAAACCCAUGUACCUGUGAGCCAAAAUUAAGUAAUUACAGAGUUAACUUUGCUAAUGGCUUUGCCAUUCCAAAACCAAUAUUCAUUCCUAAGAGAGACAGAGUAACUGAUGCAGAUAAAAAUAUAGACCUGGACAAAAAUGUUGAAGAAAAGGAUAUUAACAUCAAGGACUUGUAUGUUGGUAGUGAUGACUUUAUGUUUAUGGAUUAAGUAUAAACUGUAUGGCAUAUACAUAUGUCACCACAUUUGUAAAUUCAACAAUAUGUUACUCUCAUUUGUUAUUUCCAUGCAUUUAGUUAAGAUCUGACUACAUUUAGUUAAUUUUAAACCAAGCUCUCACUACAGUGCCGCACACAUUUCCAAUUAUGUAAGUCUCAUGGAAAUGUGUAUUCUAGAGUGGCCUAAAGUUAAAUAAUAUUAACUUGUUACAUUAUAGUUUUGGAGAAGUGUACGAAUGGUCGCACUUCUGAGUAAAUAAUUUAUAAACUAUAUCGCUAAGCAACGUAAUUACAUACUUUGUAACUUAUGUAUAAGACAUUAGCUAUAAAAUAAACGGAUCU